AUGCCGGCUUGCAUCGACACGGCUUUCAUCCUGCGAGGGUCGGGUGACAGGAGCUUGUAUGUGACGGCCGUCGACAAGGCCGGGCGGCUGCGUAACUACAACGGCCCGGAAAAGACCCUCGCCGACUACUACCAACCCGACCCGGCCACCGCCAACGACAGGGUGUACAGCGACGUGCAGCGCGAGAGGAACUACCCGGUCACCUGUAGACGCGUUGGCCGGAACGCGGGCGACUACUACGGCGGCUGGCAGUCGAACGGCUCGCCCACCGAGAAUCCUGCAGUAUAG